AUGAAGGUGGCUGCCCUGGUGGCCAAGACUCCCCAGCUUUUCAGAGGCGCAGGGUCUCUGCCCUCUGCCGGCUCCUGGGUUUUUGGUGUGGUGACAGCUCUGGGCUUCCCUGAGUGGAUGCCACGCCUGUCCCCUGGAGGUGUGCCUGACACUGACCUGCUUUCUCAGCCAGCUGCCUCCCCCAGAGCCACCUGUCCAGCUCCUGGUCCAGCACCCAGCAGCCUCUCUAGCUCCAUGGGCUCCUAUACGCGGUGGCCUGAGGUUUCCUACAUACAAAAUGAUCGGGAAACCCUGCAGUUCCUGAACGAGCGCCUGGCCAGCUACCUGGACAGGGUGCGGCUGCUGGAGCGGGAGAAUGAGGAGCUGGAGAAGCACCUCCGGGAGGCCAGCCAGCAGCAGCCGCCUAUGGGGAAGAGCCCUGAUUACCAGCCCUACUUCCGGACCAUCGAGGAGCUGCAGCAGAAGGUUCUGUUAACCAAGGCAGACAACACCAGGCUGCUGGUGCACAUUGAUAACGCCAAGCUGGCUGCCGACGACUUCCGCACCAAGUACGAGACAGAGCUGUCCCUGCGGCAGCUGGUGGAGUCGGACAUCAACGGCCUGCGCAGGAUCCUGGACGAGCUGACCCUGUGCAAGUCCGACCUGGAGGCGCAGGUGGAGUCGCUGAGGGAGGAGCUGCUCUGCCUCAAGAGGAGCCAUGAGGAGGAAGUGGCUGAGCUCCGAAGCCAGCUUGGGGACCACCUGGACAUUGAGGUGGCUGCUGCGCCCCCAGCGGACCUGGCCAGCAUGCUGGAGGAGAUGAGGCGUCAGUACGAGGCCGUGGUGGAGGCCAAGCACAGGGACGUGGAGCAGUGGUUCAGCACACAGACGGAGGAGCUGAGCCAGCAGGUGGCCACGAGCUCUGUGCAACUUCAGAACUAUCAGUCAGACAUCAUCGACCUGAAGCGAACGGCCAACACACUGGAGAUCGAGCUGAAGGCCCAGAGCAGCCUGGGGGACUCCCUGGAGAACACGCUGACAGAGACCGAGGCCCACUACGGCUCGCAGCUGGCCCAGAUGCAGGGCCUGAUCGGCAACGUGGAGGCGCAGCUGGCGGAGAUCCGGGCUGACCUGGAGCGGCAGAACCAGGAGUACCAGGUGCUGCUGGACGUGCGGGCGCGGCUGGAGUGCGAGAUCAACACGUACCGGGGCCUGCUGGACAGCGAGGACUGCAAGCUGCCCUGCAAUCCCUGUGCCACGACCAACACAUGCAGCAAGGCAAUCGGGCCCUGUGUCGCCAACCCCUGCACACCUUGCCCACCCCCUGCCCCUUGCACACCUUGUGUCCCUCGCCCCCGCUGUGGCCCCUGCAACUCCUUUGUGCGCUAGACCCCAGGGACACCAAAGGAGCAAGGACACAGGGCCUGGCGCUCAGAGCUGGCCAGGGUUCACUGGAGAAAAGCAGGUUGAAAACGAGAACCGAGUGGCUGGAGCAGCCCAUAUGGCGGCCUAGAGAUGCACUGGACCCCUGGCCACCAGCCUCCUGCAGACCCUUCCCUGCCCGUCCUUUCCUUUAUGGGUCUCUUUCUUCCUCUGCUGCUGAAUUCUCCAAGUGCCAGCCCUCCCUUGCCACCUUCUAA